GGCAUACUUUAUUAAUGCAGAUGGAAAAGUAUAAUUAUGAGUUGACCUUUGACCUCUUGAAGUUUGAGGAAGCACAUGCAAGGCAGCUGAGAGUGCGAGUCAGCACAGUUUGGUCUCUAAUGUCUGACACAUGACCAGCAACGGUGAGGCCUUUGUCACUCGAGAAAAUGUUGACUGCGCAGGUCAACAACACAUUUGACACCACGUAGAGGCAACAAUAAUAAAUAAUGAUGUCACUGUAUGGAGUGCCACGUUACAGGAUUUCCCGUGCAAUCAGCACCUUUUUGCGAUCAUUGCCACGACGAUGUAAACACACGUCACCAGACAAAGUACCGCAUGUGGCUAUCAUUGGCAGUGGUCCUGCAGGCUUCUACACAGCACAGCAGCUCCUGAAGGGACAUCCAUCAGUGAGAGUUGACAUAUUUGAGAAGUUACCAGUUCCGUUUGGUCUUGUUAGGUUUGGGGUUGCUCCAGAUCACCCAGAGGUCAAGAAUGUCAUCAAUACAUUUACCCAGACAGCUGAGAAAGACCGAUGUAGUUUCCUUGGCAAUGUGACAAUUGGGAAAGAUAUUACAGUCUCUGAGCUGCAGAAGAAUUAUACAGCCGUAGUUUUGUCCUAUGGAGCGGAUGCUGAUCGAACACUGGGAAUCCCAGGAGAGGAUCUGCCAAAUGUGCUGUCUGCCAGAAGAUUCGUUGGCUGGUACAAUGGCCUCCCUGAAGACAAGGAAUUGCCAGUGGACUUGAGCUGUGAUUCGGCUGUUGUAUUGGGCCAUGGAAAUGUCGCUCUGGAUGUCGCCAGGAUCCUUCUGACUCCGUUGGAUAUACUGAAGAAAACUGAUAUAUCAGAACAUGCCCUUGCUUCCCUGGCUGAAAGCCGCGUCAAACAAGUUCAUCUAGUCGGCCGACGUGGCCCACUGCAGGUUGCAUUCACCAUCAAAGAGUUGCGAGAAAUGGUCAACCUCCCUGAGUGCCGGACAGUCAUUAACCCACAGGACGUGGCCAGCCUUAAAGAACUGAUAAAUGACCUCCCUCGUCCCCGGAAACGGCUGACAGACCUCCUGUACAGAUCUGGGUGUGAACCAGCUGAAAAGGAUGUCAAGCGCUGGGCCGACGCUGUACGUCAGUGGAACCUGCACUUCUGUCUCAGUCCACAGGAAGUAGCUGCAAGUGCUGAUGGGAAAGGACCAGAAAGAGUCAAAUUUGCUGUGAACCGACUUGAAGGCCCAGACCUUGUCAACCAGAAAGCUGUGGCAACCGAUGCAGUAACUGACAUAACAUGUGGAUUGGUGUUAAGAAGCAUAGGCUACAAGAGCAUCCCAAUCGACAGCACCGUACCCUUUGAUGCUGACAAAGGAAUAAUCCCCAACAAGAACAGCAGAGUUCAGGGAACUAAAGGUCUCUACUGUAGCGGAUGGGUUGGCCGAGGACCUGUGGGUGUCAUCCUCAAUACCAUGACUGAUGGGUUUGACACCGGCAAGGUGAUCCUUAAGGACAUGGAGGAGGGUCAGUUGGAGACAACCGGGAAACAGGGUCAUGCAGAGGUCAAGGACAUCCUGACACAGAGAGGUGUAGAAAUUGUCACGUUUUCCGACUGGGAGAAGAUCAACACGAGCGAGUCAGAAGCCGGAAAGAAAAUUGGGAAACCUCGAGAGAAGAUAACCGACGUCCCCAGCAUGCUGGGUGUUGUCAAGUCCAAACCCUCUUGACUUGUCCAUAUAUAAUUAUUAUUUUAUUCGCUAACUAUUUUAGUAAGUCAUACAUUAUAUAGACAUUACAUAUAGCCUUGAGCCAAAUGCAAGAGAAAUGCCUAUGUUUUAUGAUCUCAAAGGACAGUAAUAGGACAUAUCCAACCCUCCAGAAAUUCCUGUCAGCAUGGAUCUGGCCACAGAAUGUAUCAGGCUUCAACAGUUUUCCUCUCUGUCUGUGAAGAUCCUGGUCUUCAGCAACCCUUGUCGUAAGAGGCGACUUACAGGAUUGGAUGCUCAGGCUCAUUGACUUGGUUGACAUUGUAUCCGAUUUGCGUUGUUCAGUCCACAUACUGUUGAUCACUGGAUUGUUUGGUCCAGACCCAAUUAUUUACAGACUGACAUCAUACAGCUUGAAUUGUGCUGAGUACAGCAUUAAACAGCUUGAUGUCCAUCAAUAUAUUUUUAGUGACUCUUUGAAAACAAACAAAACUGAUACAAAGUCACAGAAGAUUAAAAGUGAAAGCUAGUCAAUGAAGUAGGGAGAAAGUCAUUGUUGUUUAUUAUAUUUACACUGGUUGAUUGUUGUGAUGUCAUAAUGGGUGAAUGGUGAUACAUCUCAUAAAAAUCAGAACUUCUUCAAAGCAAUUUUUAAGGUUAAUUGCGACACAAACCAUAAAUUCUCUCCAAAAGUGGACCCUUUUGAGUAUGGCUGUUGUAACACUAUUUGUUGUGUACACUUGUCUCAGAUAUGUGAAAAUAUGACCAACUGAGCAGAUUAUGUCCAUGAGAACUGCUGACCUGAACAGAUUGUUAGUCGUUCAUCUGCCUCUAAAAGCAGGCAGGAUAGUGGAAGGCGAGAGAUAGCGAGGGGGCGGCAGACAGGGGAAGAGCGACACAGACCAGAAGAAAGGUAGAACAGGGACAAGGAGGGACAAACACUGACCAGCCAAGUUUGGCCUUCUACAGCCCAAGUGUCAGCCUGACUUCAUGGCCUUCCCGUGGUAGUCUCUGUCAGACUGUGUGUAAACUCUUCGCCCUACCUCACAUAGUUGUACUGCGAGAAUAAAAACAUCCAUUCUUUUUAUGCUA